CACCGCCUUGCAGACCUUGUCGAGAAUCGUAUUUGCCACAAACUCUCCACUAUACAAUUAAAUGGCGGCGUAAAUAAUGAGCCACCAAAGCUGCAACCAACGGCAUCACCACCUCCUGCAGCCACCGCCGCAGCCACGAAUUCGAAUACGAAUUCAAAUUCUAAUACCACAGCAACAACAACAACAGCAGCUAUUUUACAACCACCGGCCGAUGCUAAAAUUCUAACCGCCACAAUUGCUACAGAAAAAGCAGCCGUGGAAUUACAGCCGACUGCAACAGUCGGCGGCGCUGUCUCGGUAGCUAUCCCGCCAUCAGCAGCAAUCGACGAGGAGGAUGAGGAAGAACAUUAUAAACUGCUGCACUAUCCAAAGGAUAAAAGCUGUUUUGCACAAUUCACUUGGCUCAUCAUUUGGCCCAUACAUUUACUCUUUCGCAUAGCGAUACCGGAUUGCAAGAAGACAAAGAAUAAUAAGAUAUUCCCAUUGACUUUCAUUAUGUGUAUUGUGUGGAUUGGCUCGUUGUCUUAUGUGGUCGCUUGGAUGAUCACCAUUAUAGGUGACACACUGAAAAUACCAGAUUCAGUAAUGGGGAUCACUUUUCUGGCUGCGGGCACAAGCGUGCCGGAGGCGGUUUCCAGCGUUAUUGUGGCUAAAAGAGGUCACGGUUCUAUGGGAAUUUGCAAUUCGAUCGGCUCGAAUACUUUCGAUAUACUACUUUGUUUGGGUGUACCUUGGCUCAUCAAAGCUGUCUUCUUUCCCAUACAAGAGGGUCAAAACUAUGUCGGCAUCAAUUCAGCUGGACUGGAGUAUUCGGCUAUAACGUUACUCUCCACCCUCUUUUUGCUCUAUAUCACAUUCUCGUUCAAUAAAUUCAAGCUGGAUCGAAGAGUGGGCAUGGCCUGCUUGGUUAUGUAUUUGGUCUUUAUGGUAUUCGCAUCGCUGAUAGAAUUGAAUGUUUUCUUCCGGGUCAACUUGCCAACCUGCGGACGUUCGUGAAGCGUGCACGCGAGCAGAGAGUACGUGAUGGAGGGGCGAGAAGGAUAGAAAGUAGUAGUAGCGUGUGCGAAUUUGACGUACAAAUUUAAGUGGUAAAAAAAGAAACAAACUGGGCACAAAAUCCAAUUAUAUGUAGCAGUGAAUUGGGAGAAGAAAAAUUAUAAGUUCUGCUGCAGUAAAAAAAAAGUAUUUGUAAAAACUAAAAUAACAAAAACAUAGUUGAAGAUAUAGCAGUUACAAACAACCAGUUGGUUAUGCAACUCAGCUGCUUACUAAUAUAUUUCUUUUUCGUUGUACAAGGGUAUUAUAAGUUUAAGUUUUAUUUUGUUAACAUUUUUAUUUAAUUUUUUUGAUGUUAAUUUUUAUGCCAAAGCGCAGUGGUUUGAGCGAAAAGUGUACUCUAUAAUUUAAUGUAAAUAAAUUGAAAAGAAAAACUUUGUAA